UGCGGGGCCUCGAUCCUAGGACCCCAGCAUCAUGACCUGAGCUGAAGGCAGACGGUUAACUGACUGAGUCACGCAGGUGUUCCUUUGAUUUCAUUAUCUAUGAUUUCCCAAGUUGUCAUGUGUUCAUUUUUUAAAAUAAAUGGUCUUUUUUUUGUACUUUAAAACAUUUUGUAGGUCUUUUUUUAUGUAUUAAGUAUGUUUGCAAAUAUUUUUGAUUCUACAGUUGUUUUUUUAAUGUGUCUUGUACAGAAAUUUUUGGAGUAAAACAAGUGUCCUUGAUGUACUGUAUUUUGCAUGUUAUUUUCUUAUAAUAGCCAUACAUUUUGUUUUAAACAUUUAGGUCUUCAGUGUUUUUAAAAUAUAUUUUUGUGUGCCAUAGAAGGCAGCAGUUGAAUUUUACUUUCCUGUGGACAAUCCGUUGUGUCGAUACCAUUUUGGUUAGCACGCCGUUAUGUCUCUGCUACGUGCACCGAUCUGUUCCUCAUUUUCUUUACUAUGCGUAAACCUCACUUUUAUUACCGUAGUCUCACAGUGAGUCCUGGUUUGUGGUAGGACAUGCGUCUGCCUAACUUUACUUCUCUUCUGGCCUGGCCUUAGUCAAUCUUGGAUCGUUAUUAUGAUAUUGAGUCAUUUUGGUCAGAUUUCAUGUUUAUGUCCUGUUGCAAUUUUGGUUGUACAGAAUUAAUAGAUUUACUUGGGGAGAACUGACAUUUUUAUGACAUUGAGUCCUGUCUAUGCCCACUCUCUAUUGCUCCGUAGCUCUUUUAGACGUCCUUCAAUAAAGUUCUACUGUUUUGCCCCCAGGGUCUUGGACUGCACUCUGACAACUGCUGCUGCUUGUGUGGUUAUGCAGGUACAUUUUGUGUGUCUCUGUUAGAGAAUCUUGUGCUUCUAGUAGGUGAGUUUAAUUCUUUUAUUUCUAACCGUUAUUCAGCCACUGAACUUGUUUCUACUUAUGUAUUUUUUACCAUCUAUACUUUGAUUUUGUUCUGUACCUUCUGUUGAUUUUUUUUUAACUUCUUUUUGUCCUCAACACUUAACAGGUUGACUUUAUUCUUGCAUAUAAAGUGAAUGAGUAUGCCAUUUUCCUCCUGAAUGAGACCGCUUGGUGUGUCAGAAAGGUUGAGGGGAACAGAUGACCUGAGGAGUCAUCCCUGCAGGUGUCCCUGUGGUAGGGGAGGGUCGGGCAGGGCAGCCCCAGGCAGGGAGCAGAGUCUGCCAGGCGACCAGCUGUACGUUGAUGGGGAUGAGUGUGGCCCUGAAGCUGCUCCCAGGAGGGGCAGGCUGGGCCACCGUGUGUUCCUCUCUCUUCCUUCAGCACCGGUGUGACUCACACUGGGAAGCCCAGGGUUCCAGGUGAUGGCGGCUUUGCACCUGUCUGCCCUGCCCCAGGCUGAGGUGACCUUUGAGGACGUGGCCGUGCUAUUCUCCCGGGAGGAGUGGGGUCGUCUGGGCCCUGCUCAGAGGGGCCUCUAUAGGGACGUGAUGCUGGAGACCUACAGGAAUCUGGUCUCCCUGGGAGCUGGACCUGCAGGUCCUAAGCCUGGGGUGAUCACACAGUUGGAACGAGGGGAUGAGCCGUGGGUCCUGGAUGCACAGGGCGCCGAGGGGAAAGAGCGACUGAGAGUCAGUGUCUCAGGUCAUGGGACCAGGACUGAAUACAAAGAGUUGUCUUCAGGGGAGAUGCUUGGUGGGGAAGAGUUGGAUCAACUCCAGAAGGCUGUUCUCCAAGGACCUGAUCCUGGAGAGACCCAGGCAUGUGUCUGGGAGCCAGAGGAGAGCCUGGACAAGCUUGUAGAGCAGAGAGGCCUGAGGCCAGUCACACUGGCCAAUGAGGAGAACAUCCAGGAGUCUGUGGGAAGCCUCAGGUUUUGGUCAAGCCCUAUCUCUGAUCAGAGACCUCACAAAUGCGAUAUAUGUGAACAAAGUUUUGAACAGAGAUCAUACCUCAAUAACCAUAAACGUGUACACAGGUCAAAAAAGACAAAUAUAGUCCAUGAUUCUGGGGAAUUCUUCAGUGCAAAUUUAGUUGUUAGAGACGAUCAGAAAAUUCCUCUUGGGAAAAAACUGCAUUAUUGUGGUUACUGUGGGAAAGCCUUCAGGUACAGUGCUAACCUUGUCAAACACCAGCGGCUUCAUAGUGAAGAGAAGCCCUACAAGUGUGACGAGUGUGGGAAAGCUUUCAGUCAGAGCUGCGAGUUCAUCAAUCACCGAAGGAUGCACUCUGGGGAGAUCCCCUACCGAUGCGGUGAGUGUGGGAAGACAUUCAACCAGAGGCCCAACCUCAUGAAACAUCAGAGGAUUCACACCGGGGAAAAGCCCUAUAAGUGUGGUGAUUGUGGGAAACACUUCAGCGCCUAUUCUUCCCUUAUUUAUCACCAGAGAAUCCACACUGGAGAGAAACCCUAUAAGUGUAACGACUGUGGGAAAGCCUUCAGUGACGGCUCGAUCCUUAUCCGACACCGUCGGACCCACACUGGGGAGAAGCCAUUUGAAUGUAAAGAAUGUGGCAAAGGUUUUACUCAAAGUUCCAACCUCAUCCAGCAUCAGAGAAUUCACACUGGGGAGAAACCCUACAAGUGCAACGAAUGUGAGAAAGCCUUCAUCCAGAAGACCAAACUUGUCGAACAUCAGAGAAGCCACACCGGCGAGAAGCCCUACGAAUGCAAUGACUGUGGCAAAGUGUUCAGCCAGAGCACACACCUUAUCCAGCACCAGAGGAUCCACACAGGAGAGAAGCCGUACAAGUGCAGUGAGUGUGGGAAGGCCUUCCACAACAGCUCCAGACUCAUCCACCACCAAAGGUCGCACCACGGAGAGAAGCCAUACAAGUGCAGCGAUUGCAAGAAGGCCUUUAGCCAGGGCACUUACCUCGUCCAGCACCGGAGGAUCCACACGGGCGAGAAGCCCUACAAGUGCAGCAAGUGUGGGAAGGCCUUCCGGCACAGUUCCAACAUGUGCCAGCACCAGAGGAUCCACCUCCGCGAGGACUUCGCGCGCUGACCGCGGAGGACGGCCCCUGAGUUCCGCGAGCGCCGCCUCCGCACACCCCGCCCCUUUAUUUAUUGUCCGCGCACUGUUGUUACAGACCAGGGACGUUUCUAAU